CAGCGCCCUACAAAGUAGCACAAAAAUCUUCUCAGUGCGGUCGAUAAAGAAAAACACUCUUACAAAGUCCCAUAUGUUGUAGGGUUUUUCAACUUUUCUAUCCCAAAUAUAUAGCCCAACUAGAUUUGUGUUAAUCUUUUUCAGGGUUUUUCAACUUUUCAGUCCCAAAUAUAUAGCCCAACUAAAUUUGUGUUAAUCUUUUUGUUUUUGGUUUUAGUGUGUAUUUUUUGCAUUUUAAGCCUCGGACAUGACCAAGUUCCAAACUGGCUGUCAGAACUAACCGCAUAACAAUUAAAGUUUUUUUUUACAGUAAAUUAAUAAAAGAGUAACAUGUCCUGGCAAAAUGGAUUAAUAAGAGACAUGGUAAAGCAGGAAUACUUAAUAGUUUCAUCCAAACUUGGCGUUGUUAUAUCGGACAAGUUUCCUAAGGCGAUGCAUCAUUACCUGGUGCUGCCAUUAGCCGAUAUUCCCAGUAUCUUUCAGUUGGACCGGAGCCACUUACCGCUUUUACAGGAGCUUUACCGCCUGGCCCAGAACGCGGUGGAGAUAAAAGGAGUUCGGUGGGAGGACUUCCAGGUGGGAUUCCAUGCGGAGCCGAGCUUGCAUAGGCUUCACUUGCAUGUCAUUUCAACGGAUUUUGUAUCACCAAGCCUGAAGACCAAAAAACAUUGGAACUCCCAUAACACCGAACUGUUUGUGCCCUACGAAAAACUGUACGCUCAGCUGGAGAAGGAGAAUUGCUUCGCGCGACUGCCGAAAUCGCUGGUAGAGAAGCUUUUAUCCAAGCCGCUGAUUUGUAACCAGUGCGAAUUUGUCUCCGAUUCACUGCGGGAUCUUAAAGCUCACCUAUAUAACCACUGGCAGCGUAAAGAAGUCUCAAAGAACCCUUUUCAAACGCCUCAAAUGCAGCAGGUUGAGAAUGCAUUUGCAAACUUAACAUGCGGACCACCAAUCAACAUAAAGAAUCAGCUGAACUCCAACAAUCCGACACUUAACAUCCAUGCGAUGAAUCCACCGCAAUCGUAUAAGUUUAAUAAUCGAGCACCUGUCUAUAACCCGCGCGGAACAAUGCUAAGUCAUGGAAAUCUUAGAAAUGGUCCUCGUUUUCCGCCUAAUCAACAUCAUAACCAAUUACGGCACCCUAUAUUUAAUAGAUUUCGAGCACCACCGCCAAUGCACGAGUUCGGAAUUUCACAUUACCCGAGUCAGGCAUUUGCCGGUCAAGAAGCUUGGCCAAAAAAUUAUAAACACAAUCAGAAUUUGCAGAAACCUCAAAAUCAACUAUAUCGUAUAAAUAACCAGAAUCCCAAUCAAAAUCGCCCAAAUUUGAAUCAAAAGAACAGGAACGAAAACAAAAAAACUGCUAAACAGAAAAAUCAAUCGAAAUCUGCUGACAAUCUUCAGAACCAAGAAGCUCAUGCUUCACCACCUCAAAACAAUUUCAACCCAGAUUCAACCUCUUAGGAUUCUUUUCCCUAACAUUUUUUUUAUUUUAAAUUAUUAAGCAUUGGAAAAUUUUUAUUAUGCAGGUUUAAAACGUUCGUUAAAAAUGUGUAAGCCACAAGAAACACUGCAAGUUCAAAAAAGCUUUUAAAUCUUUUUGUAAAAUAUAAAAUUAAAAAACGUUAAUUUGUACAACGCAUUUCAGAUGCCAAACAAUGUUAUCAUCGCCUAAUAAAAAUGGAAAAAACGUUUUGAAAUAAAGAAAUUGAUUGGAUAUAGUCUAUAGUUUAAGAAAAACUUUUUGUAUAAUUCCAAUUUAAGCACAGUGGAUACACACGUUUUUAUAAAACAUACCCCUAUCUUGCACGAAAAAUAAAAUAAAUAAUAAAGUUAACAACACAAUUCUAGUGAA